AUGGAUGGCAUCACUGAUCCUUGCCUAGGCGUCCUAGGAGCCACCGGUGCAGUUGGGACUCGGUUCGUCCUGCUGCUGGAGAAAAAUCCCUUACUCGAACUGGUAGCUGUAGGUGCCUCAGAGAGGUCAGUGGGUAAAAAGUACUGCAAUGCUGUGCGCUGGAAGCAAUCAUCCCCAAUUCCAGCUCAAGUUGCAGACUUCACUAUCCGACCUUGUACCCCAUCUGAAUUCCCAGACUGCGACAUCAUAUUCUCCGGCUUAGACCCUGAUGUUGCUGGGGAUAUUGAGAUGGCAUUUCUCAAGGCAGACUUUGCAGUCUUUUCCAAUGCAAAGAAUCAUCGGCUAGAUCCUAUGGUACCACUUGUGAUACCCUUAGUCAAUAUGGGGCAUGUCGACGUGAUUCCAGCCCAGAGGAAAAGUUAUGGCCUUCAAAAGGGAAUGAUUGUUUGCAAUUCAAAUUGCGCGGUCGUGGGAUUGGUAAUUCCAGCCAAAGUGCUUAUUCAGAAAUUCGGCCCUAUUGAGUCUGUGAGCAUGGUAACCAUGCAGGCUGUGUCAGGAGCAGGCUAUCCUGGCGUCAGCAGUAUGGACAUCUUCGAUAACAUCGUUCCCCACAUCCCUGGUGAGGAGGGCAAGAUCUCCUCAGAAGCGCGAAAGAUUCUAGGCAGGUUGAACUCUGAUCUGGCAGGGUUCAGUGAUCAGCAUCCCCUUCGAAUUUCGGUUGCAUGUAAUCGAGUCCCUGUCCUUGAUGGCCAUACCGUGUGCGCAUCAUUGCGUUUCUUAAAUCGACCUGCACCAACGGUAGAUCAGGUCCGUGAUGCAUUCGUUGAGUACACAUCAGAGGUUCAAUUGCUAGGGUGCCCAUCUGCUCCAAAGCGUGCCAUUCAUGUUUUAGAUGAAGUGGAUAGGCCACAACCUCGUCUUGACAGAGACGCUGGGGGAGGCUACACAAUCAGCAUAGGCAGAAUCAGAGCAGAUGAGAGUGGGGUCUUUGACAUUCAGCUGAAAGUGUCAUUCUGA